ACAUUUUACUCUGUAAAACUUCUUGUAAAGUUGGAAUACCAAACUUUAUUUUUUAAAAUCAAUUUGUAUUGGUAAUUUCCUCACUAAAAAUACAUUUUAUUUGGGAAGCGCUUUUCACGUCGACAUGACAAAAUUACACCAAUUUGAAUUUGUUUUAUAACCAUGGUGUUUCACUUGUCACUUGCCACAAACGUCAAGGAAAGAAAAGUGAACUUUGACAAUGAUGACACAGUUGAUCCAUUUGUAAAUAAAUAACAGUAAAGUUAAUCGGGGAAUGAUGUUUUCUUAAUAUAAGAGAUAAUUGAAGUGUUUAAGACGAAAGCAAACAUAAUGGACGAAUUUAAACAAAAAAUACUCGGUCUCAUUAAUAAACAGCCACUGAAAAUUCCAUCCAUGGGAUUUGACGAUUCUAACUAUCACUUCUCACAAGUACCCACCCUUUCGAUCAAUAGUAAGACUGUGCAGGAUGCGGACAGGCCUGCUGACCAGGAUAUCUUGGAGAGCAUUGAAGCUGCCUAUUUUUCCAUGUCAGAGACGUUUGACAUCUGUAGGUUCGAACUCUCUAAACUACCAGAAACAUUGGAAUGUGAUCAAAUCCAGCAGGACUUUAAUAAUUUAAAGCAGCAACACCAAGUUGUAUCCAAAAAAGUCUUGCAGCUGAUAUUAGAACAUCAACAAUCUUGUAGUGAGGAGUUUAACAGGGUCAGAGAAAUUCUAGAACAAGUGGGAGAUACCUUGGAGCUCUGUAGGGAUACUAGGAAACACUUGAGUGUUGCUGGAAAGCAGUUUUCUUCCAGUUUAGGCAUUCUUGCAAACUAUAGAAAAAGGAAAUUGGCUCAGAUACUACUAAAUAAUUUGAACAUGAUUAAAAAUUUGUACAGCUUUGAUAAGAGGUGCCAGCAGAUGCUUGCAGAUGAAGAUUAUGGUGGAGCUAUUUUGGAACUUAAAAGGUGUCAAAAAAUAGCAGUUCAGUACAGACAUUUUAGCUGUGUAGCUGCUCUAACAUAUAAACUUCAAGAAACUCUGGAAUUUACAGAUACCCAACUAGAUAGAAUUCUAGCACAGAUGUGCUAUAAUUUUGAUAAAGACAGAUACACCAAAUUGCAGACAGCAUACAAUCUGCUAGAAAAAUCUCAAGUUUCAAUGAUUGAUAAUAUUCAUGUUCAUUAUAUUACCGCUAUAUAUGAUUCUUCAUUUAAUACUGUAAAUUCUUAUGUUCCAUCAGCCGAGUUGCUUGAUUUGGCAGAUGGUAAAAACUUGUAUAAAAUAUUAUGUCAGUCCGUGACGCAAGACCUUUUUAUAUCAUGUUUAAUUGAUCUGUGCAAGAUACUGUUCAAAAUAGUGUUAAGUUACCACCAAUUGAUCAAAUGGCAUUACGAUCAAGAAAAUGACAGACACAUCGAAGGAGCUAUAGAUGUGGAAUUAGAUACAAGCAGACACAAAUUAGAUAUUAACGUUGUAAAAAUUUGGGACGAUGUUCAGCGCAAAGUCUCCGGAUUGUUAUUGAAUGCCGACCUAGCAUCCUACAAGUUUGAUCAAUUUGUGCAAGUGCUGAGAAUCGUCCACAGGCUCAUGCAGGUCGGCGAGGAAUUUUGCAUGAGCAAAUCGGAAGAUUUGCAAGAAUCUAUAAGGAAGCAGAGCGUAAAUUAUUUUAAAAAUUACCACGCCCAAAGGCUGGAAGAGUUGAGGAUAUUUUUGGAAAAUGAAAUGUGGGAGGUGUGUCCCGUGAAGCCCAUGUUUAGCAUUUUACAGUUGCAGGAAUUUAGAUCGGUGCGUUCCGCCCUUAAAUCGUACAAACUGAAUCCCCAAGUGAGCCCAACGGUGCCAGUUUACUCAGCAAAUUCCACCGAGUGCUCGUCUACUCACUCACAAGACGGGAGCAGCAUUAUCGGCAACUAUUUUAUCCGGUACGCCGAUCACGGGACGCCAUUCGAUUCCGGUCUGGACGAGACUUUCAUAGAGGAGGACAUCUUGCAAGUCGAAAGGGAGAGCUUGGGCUGUUACUCGGAAGAAAGCGAUGACGAGUCCGAGAAAUCCAACGACUAUGUCAAUGUCGAAGAAAGCGAGUGCCCCGUCAAAAAAGAAAAACCCGACAAUAAAUUCCAAGUGUUGACUAACACUUCAUUGACGGUGUUGAGGCAAAUGGGGAAGUAUCUGCAAAUGUCGAGAUUAUUGAAGCCCAUAGCGUGCGAAAUAAUAUGUUCGAUGAAUCAGCUUUUCGAUUACUAUCUGUAUUCGGUUAAUUUAUUUUUCGCCUCGGAUUUGGCGGUAGCUAGUGGAAAUUUGUACUCGCCAGAGCUAUCCGCGACAAUAAAAAGUAUAAGCGAUAGUUUAAUAUUCGAAUAUGUAGCAGAUCAAAACACGCCCGUACCCGAGGGGAAAGCGACAAAACCCUCCCCAUCGUUAAUGCUAGAUCUGAAAAACCCAGAGAAGCUCCACGGGCUGUCCGAAAGGCUUGUGGGUGUUGAAAGCUUAGUCUUUCUCGCCAAGCAGUAUGAGUUUUUGCGGGAAUACUUGGAGUAUCUUAUACUGCCAUCAAAGAAAGCCAUCUUGGAUCAAUUUUUUGCGCAAAAUAUAGCCUGUGUUACACAUUUAAGGAAGCCGGUAUACAUGGCCGUGGUGGCGCAAGCCUUCGAUUUGCGCCAAAUUCUUUUGUUUAUGUCCAAGAUAAAUUGGGAAGUGAAGGAGGUUAUGUCUCAGCACAAUUCUUAUAUUGACUUAAUUGUUCAAGAAGUGCAAAUGUUUAGAGCGAGGUUGGAAAUGGUCAUGCAUAAAGUGCCGAUAACCAACGAAGUAUUAAAAGUCUUGUGGGAAAGUAUAGCCCACAUUGUAACCCACACUUUAGUUCAAGGGUUUUCGGAUGCCAAAAAAUGUUCUAACGGAGGUAGAGCACUGAUGCAGCUCGAUUUCACUCAGUUUCUCUCAAAAUUUGAGAAAAUUUCAUCCCUGAGACCUGUUCCGCACAAAGAAUAUGUGGAGAAUUAUGUUAAAGCUUUUUAUCUCCCAGAAAGCGAGUUGGAAAAGUGGAUUCGGGAGCAUAGAGAAUACUCAUCGAAGCAUUUAUUUGGUUUAGUCUGUUGCACAUGUCAGAAUAACAAAAAAACGAGGCAGAAAUUGCUGCAGGUGAUCGAAGAAUUGGAAAAAAAUAUUUUCGGCAGGUAGCACUCGAGAGGCACCCUUAGCGGAUUAUCAGUUGUUAUGUGAUAUCAUCUUAAUGUAUGACGUUGAAGUUCAAAAGUACUUAUCGCGCUCUACUUAGUACGUAACUAUUUUUGUAAUAUUGUAUCGAAUCAUAGCAAGAUCCAGAUUGUUAUCUUAUAUUUUUUAUCGUUUUAUUUAUUAUUGUUAAGUUGUUCCAGUCACACAAUUUUAGUUGUUUAUAGGUUAUAUUUUGUGUACACUUGUUUUUGAAUAAAGCAUCAUUCAAU